AAUCUGGCGGGGAGAGGGGGAGGGGUUGAGCUGGGGAGAUACGAUACACGUGGCUUCACUGUUAGUGGGUCCUCUACAGCACGGGAGCCGCCCCUUCGCUCUGCAGCACCAUGCCGGGGGGCAGCGACCCCGAGGGCGCGGCGGCGGCGGCGGCGGCGGGAGGAGCAGCAACUACAGCAGCGGGGCACGAUACCCCAUUUAGCUUCAGCCCGGAGCCCACGCUGGAGGACAUCCGACGCCUCCAUGCAGAGUUUGCAGCAGAACGGGACUGGGGCCAGUUCCAUAAACCAAGGAACCUCCUCCUGGCCCUUGUUGGGGAAGUGGGAGAGCUGGCAGAGCUCUUUCAGUGGAAGCCUGAUGGUGGGCCUGGACCCCUGUCCUGGUCUGAAGCGGAACGAGGGGCACUAGGGGAGGAGCUCAGUGACGUCCUUAUCUAUCUGGUAGCCCUGGCAUCACGGUGCCAUAUUGACCUGCCACAGGCUGUGCUGGCCAAGAUAGAGACCAACCGGCGCCACUACCCAGUCCACCUUGCUCGGGGCUCUUCCUGCAAGUACACAGAGCUGCCCCGUGAAGAUGUACUGAAGUCUGAGAGCCAUGGCCCUGCACCAGGAGCCACAGAAUGUGCCCCUGCCUCCAGGGGAGAGGAGGGGACUAACUAAAAAACAGGACCUGUGGAACAGGGAUGGGAGCUGGAAUUCAUGGGACUAACUCCAGGAGCACUGGUGAGGGACAGCCCAUUAUGGGAACCCACUGAGAAAACAGGGACACAAAAGCCUUCUCAUAUCGUCCUUUAGUUGUGUUACUAAAUCCUAGAAAUGCAAGAUUCCUCCACCCUCCUAAAUCCUACUAGAAGAGGGACUGGAUGGGAUACAUGAAUGAAGGAGGUACUCAGGUUGUCAUUUUUUCUUUUAAUAAAAGGGUUUAGGAUGAAAUGAUUGCUGCUGUUACUUGGAUGGGGAGAAAGAGAGAGGUAUGACUGAGGGAGAACAGGAACUUUGAUUAAAUGGGGGUGGUGCAGCUAAGACCCACUGAGAGAGCCUUAGGUCUAUAUAAUAUUCCUUGCUUUCUCUAAAGUGCUCCCUUAACUUCACGAACUUGGACAAAUCACUGUUCUAGUUUCCUUACCUGUUAAAUAAAGAAUUGGGCUGGACGUCUCCAAGCCAAAUA